AUGGUGAAGAUACACACCCUCAACAUCGAGCCGGCAGUCGUCAACGCGUCGUGUGCAUGGGCAUCCGACUACGAGCAGCUGCGGGAGCUGUAUGAGUCCGCAUACACGGGCGCAGUGAUUACCCGUACCGCAACGUUCAACGGGUUCAGCGAAGAUUCUUCGAACACCGUCGCAUUCGCCAAGGAGACGGUGACGUCGGUCAACUCGUACGGCUACUCGCCACACGCACUCUCGAUGUACCUGGACUGGGUCUAUACCCUCCUCACCACCCCAUGUCUCGACGGCAGCCCGCCCACAAAGCCUAUCAUCAUCAGCAUUACCGCAUCCACGCCUACCGUGCUCGCAGAGAUGCCCUCGACGUCCACACAAACCGCGACGCACCUCCCGAACCUUGACCCCGCCACGCUCGUCGGCAUCGAGCUCAACACGUCCUGCCCGAAUAUCAAGGACACGCCCCCACCCGCAUACACAUUCACGCUCCUCCUACCUCUCCUCGACGUCCUAUCGACGGCGUUUUACGCCGAUCCGUCUCUUACGAUCGGCCUGAAGCUCCCUCCCUACCUCUACUCCACGCGCUUCGCAGAAGUCAUCCGCUUCGUCCACACCUACACGCGGGAAAUCCGCCCCGCCGUCACGCCCCCGCCACACCCGCCCUCGCCCACGCUCCUCCCCUCGCCCUUCGCGCUCCCGCCCGCGCUCGGCGGCAUGGGCGGCGAGGCGAUCCACCCGAUCUCCCUGGGCAACGUGUACACGUUCGCGCGCAUGCUCGCCGCGCACCCGGACGCCGCGAUGCGCCGCGUGCGCGUCAUCGGGAUCGGGGGCGUCACGUCGGCCGCGGCUGCGGCGCGCAUGCGCGCGGCUGGGGCGAGCGUGGUCGGGUGCGCGACGCUGCUGGGGCGCGAGGGCGUGCGCGCGUUCGAG